CGCGGGCACCAGCCGCUCCCCCGCCCUGCGCCGCCCCUCCCCCGCCUCUUCCCGGUCCUGUCUCCAGCGGGAGCGCGAGACGCUGGUCAGGCUCCGGCGCAGCUCGAAAAUGAACAAUCGCCGCGGGCGGACCUAGACGCCGCCGCCGGUCCGCGCGCGGGGUCGCGGGCGUGAUCCAUCCCUCCCCCCCCCCGAAAAGAGCAUCGCAACAAAAAGCCAGCCAGCCAACCAAGACUCCGGUUUGUUGAUAGCCUUGUUUUUUAUUUUUUUUUUCUUUCACCGCUUGCGGGAUUCGCAAACCGCGUUACAUGCAUGUCCAGUGGGGGUAGGUUUAAUUUUGACGAUGGAGGGUCCUACUGCGGAGGCUGGGAGGACGGCAAGGCGCACGGCCAUGGCGUCUGCACCGGCCCGAAGGGCCAGGGCGAAUACACCGGCUCGUGGAGCCACGGCUUUGAGGUCCUGGGUGUCUACACCUGGCCCAGCGGCAACACGUACCAAGGCACCUGGGCGCAGGGCAAGCGCCACGGCAUCGGCCUGGAGAGCAAGGGGAAGUGGGUGUACAAGGGCGAGUGGACGCACGGAUUUAAGGGGCGCUACGGUGUGCGGGAGUGCACGGGCAACGGGGCCAAAUAUGAAGGGACCUGGAGCAACGGACUGCAGGAUGGCUACGGCACGGAGACCUACUCGGAUGGAGGCACGUACCAGGGCCAGUGGGUCGGUGGCAUGCGCCAGGGUUACGGUGUGCGGCAGAGCGUCCCCUAUGGCAUGGCCGCAGUCAUCCGCUCGCCCCUGAGGACGUCCAUCAACUCUCUACGCAGCGAGCACACCAACGGUGCAGCGCUGCACCCGGAUGCCUCCCCGGCAGUGGCCGGCAGCCCAGCUGUGUCCCGUGGUGGCUUCGUGCUGGUGGCCCACAGUGACUCAGAGAUCCUGAAGAGCAAGAAGAAGGGGCUCUUCCGGCGCUCCCUGCUGAGCGGCCUGAAGCUUCGCAAGUCUGAGUCAAAGAGCAGCCUGGCCAGUCAGCGAAGCAAGCAGAGCUCCUUCCGCAGCGAGGCGGGCAUGAGCACUGUGAGCUCCACGGCCAGUGACAUCCACUCCACCAUCAGCCUGGGUGAGGCCGAGGCCGAGCUGGCUGUCAUCGAGGACGACAUCGACGCCACCACCACUGAGACCUAUGUGGGCGAGUGGAAGAAUGACAAACGCUCGGGCUUCGGUGUGAGCCAGCGCUCCGACGGGCUCAAGUAUGAGGGCGAGUGGGUCAGCAACCGGCGGCAUGGCUACGGGUGCAUGACCUUCCCCGACGGCACCAAGGAGGAGGGGAAAUACAAGCAGAAUGUGCUUGUGAGUGGCAAGCGCAAGAACCUCAUCCCACUUCGUGCCAGUAAGAUCCGGGAGAAGGUGGACCGGGCCGUGGAGGCGGCCGAGCGGGCAGCCACCAUCGCUAAGCAGAAGGCCGAGAUUGCGGCAUCCAGGACCUCUCACUCGCGGGCCAAGGCUGAGGCAGCACUCACGGCCGCUCAAAAAGCCCAGGAGGAAGCUCGGAUCGCCAGGAUCACUGCCAAAGAGUUCUCGCCUUCCUUCCAGCACAGGGAAAACGGGCUUGAGUACCAGAGGCCAAAGCACCAGAUGUCCUGCGAUGACAUCGAGGUGCUCUCCACCGGGACACCCCUGCAGCAGGAGAGCCCGGAGCUGUACCGCAAGGGCACUACCCCUUCAGAUCUGACCCCCGAUGACAGCCCCCUGCAGAGCUUUCCCGCCAGCCCCACGGCCACCCCUCCGCCAGCUCCUGCCUCCAGGAACAAGAUGGCCCACUUCUCCAGGCAGGUCUCAGUGGAUGAGGAGCGAAGCGGGGACAUCCAGAUGCUCCUUGAGGGCCGCGGAGGGGACUAUGCCCGCAACAGCUGGGGCGAGGAGAAGGCUGGGGCCUCUAGGGGCGUCCGCAGUGUUGCCCUGCGCAGCGGUCAGCCCACUGAAGACUUCCGCACCCGGGGCUCGGGCCACAAGCAGCCUGGGAACCCCAAACCCCGGGAGCGGCGGACGGAGUCCCCCACCACAUUCUCGUGGACUUCUCACCACCGGGCAGGCAAUUCCUGUGCUGGGGGCGCCAAGCUGUCAGAGCCUGAUGAGGAGCAGAUGAGCAACUACAAGCUGGAGAUGAAGCCCUUGCUAAGGAUGGAUGCCUGUCCACAGGACACACACCCCCAGAGACGGCGUCACAGUCGGGGUGCUGGGGGAGACCGACGCUCGGAGGACCGGGGCUUUGGGCUGCAGAGACUGAGGUCCAAGUCCCAGAAUAAGGAGAACCUCAGGCCAGCCUCCUGUGCAGAGCCCACGGUGCAGAAACUAGAGAGCCUGCGGCUGGGGGACCGGCCUGAGCCCCGUCUGCUGCGUUGGGACUUGACCUUCUCCCCACCCCAGAAGUCCCUGCCUGUUGCACUGGAGUCUGAUGAGGAGACUGGGGACGAGCUCAAGUCCAGUACGGGCUCAGCUCCCAUCUUGGUCGUCAUGGUGAUCCUGCUCAACAUUGGAGUCGCCAUUUUGUUUAUUAACUUUUUCAUUUGACAAGAUUGUUGUGACCACGGAAGCAAUGAUGUACAAAAGGGACGUUAAAAGCAAAACAAAAGGGAAAUCCUGACUCGGACAGCCCCACGACUCCCGUCUUUCCACGGAAGAACAACAUGAUUGGGUAUCACUCACA